CAACGUCAUUCUUCAUUUCGCCCGCUUACUGUAUGCCUUUCUUCCCCGCGUGCUGCAGGUUUCAGUUAUGUCGUAUCGGGCUGGAACUGCAUGGCUUUACUGGUGAUGGUCUGAUAGGUUGGGAUUCGGAUUUCGAUGAUGCUGGGAUUCCAGAAAUAAAUUCGUCCUGCGGGUUAUCCCGCCUCUUCGUCUGUGGUAUGGUGAGGCUAUACUUAUUAUCUGCAUCAUUGUUAUUGCUAUUGCUGUAUGGCUGGGCUUGGGAAGGGUAUAAAUAUGAAGGAGAUAUCACUACAAUUCGAUUAUCAUUAUCAUCAAUAAUUCAGUCAAUCAAUCAAUCUUAAUACUACUAUACAAUCUACAACAUGAAGCUCACUCUGCUCCCCUCUGUUCUCCUCCCCCUCCUGGCCACGGCCGCCCCAGCCCCAACCGCUGAGAGCAACGAGCCUUCUCCUCCCUUUGGUGUCAUGUCCAGCCGUUCCGCCUCCCCCAUCCAUCUCCUCCCCAUGACUGCAUCUGCCCAGUCUUUCUGGCUCGGAGGCGAAACCGCCUCUUACUGUCCCCUCAAAACCGGUUGUCCCCCGGGUAAAGAAACCGUCUUUGCACCAGGUGGAACUGGCUUGAACGUCGAAGUCCCCGGCGGCCAACAGGUCUACAUCAACCCCGACGGCGCCUUAAGCUUCACCCAGGCCCACUCCGCUUACAUUCCCCCCGGUUCCACUCUGGGUCCAUUCAAAUAUACCCCCGGAGAACCAUUCGGGCACUACUCGUUCAACGGGCUGGGGGCGUCGGGCUUCAUGGCUUGCCCCACGGCUGAUAAUAGGUGGCAGGUGUUUGCGGCGUUGCAGAAUGCCAAGGUGCCCCAGGGUAAGGUGGAGGACUGUUUGGGAUUUUCGGCGAUGGCGGUGCCGUGGAAGAAUUCGGGUGCUGCUGCUUGGCAGUAUACUUAA